AUGUUUCUAAUAGUUCGAAGCUUUGCACUAACCAAUUCUGGAACCCGAAAUCAUUCUGGGUUUAACUACAAUAAAAAUGGAAGAGAUUGGAACAUUAAGGGUGGACAGAGGCAAUCCCCCAUUGCGCUUUGCAAGUAUAACGCCACGACGAGCUAUGUUCCCAAACUGGAGCUAAUAAAUUACCACAAACUAUUGUGUGAUCCUUUAUCAGUUAUUAACGUGGGCCCGACCGUCCUCAUGAGGAUUCCCAAGACUGUGGAGGACGAGCAGCCAGCCGUCUGCAUCAGCACUGAGGGUGGUCAUAUCUUCGAGGCCCAGCAACUGCACUUCCACUGGGGCUCCGAACAGAGCAGGGGAUCGGAGCACAAUCUAGAUGGGAAGUUCUACGAUGGAGAGAUGCACAUAGUCCACAAAAAUGCCACCUAUGAAACCAAUAGUGAAGCUGGGCGUCAGCCAAAUGGGUUUGCUGUACUGGCCAUAAUGCUAAGGAAUUUGAAACCUCCAGAGAUGGAGUCAGUAGCCCUCAACGAAAUCUUCAAUCAAGUCUCUGAAAUAUCAGCGGUGGAAAGCGCCAAACAUCUUGAUAAAAGCAUGGCCCUGAAAGACCUCUUUGGUGGCAUGGACACAGACCAAUAUCUAAGCUACCAAGGUUCACUAACCACUCCGCCCUGUGCAGAAGCUGUCAUUUGGUUUGUUUUUCAAACACCCAUAGAUAUCCCCCAAGAGCUUUGGCAGAACUUUUGGCAACUGCGAAACUCACAGGGCCAUCGUGUCCUUAACACCUACAGGAUAUUGCAAGAUGACCACAAUCGUCCAGUUUAUCUAAGUGAAAGCAAACGCAUAUCUAUUGCAUCAGAAAUUUAAUUUUUUUCAUGUAGUGUCUUCGAACUGUGUAGAGUGAAAUUAAAACUAUGUUUUUAAAACUGUCAA